AUGCCCGGCCUGUACUGCCCCUCCAGCUGGACGCCGCUGCCCCUCACGGAUUCCUGGGUCCGGGCCUGCGCCAACGGACCCUGCCUCAGCCUGCGGGCCCGGCUCACCUACCACAACCCGCAGCCGCAACCGGUGGACGGCGUGUUCGUGUAUCCGCUGGCCGAGGCUGAAGUGGUUUCGGGCUUCGAGGCGGAGGCCGCGGGACGGCGGGUCUCCUUCCAGCUGCAGAGUCGGCGCCGCUCGCAGGCUGCCUGCUGCAGCGCUCUGGGCCCCGCGCUGGGGGCCUCAACGCCCCGCCGCUGCACGCAGGGUCAUCUUGUCUUGGAUCUGGCCCAGGCCCGGUCCACGCUGGUGCUGCCUACAGGCCUCAUCGCUGCGGCCGGCACCAUGACAGUGACCCUGCGGAGCAGCCGGGAGCUGCCCUCCAGGCCUGACGGGGUGCUGCACGUGGCUCUGCCCUCUGUGCUCACCCCUUUGGCCCCACCAGGCCCGUCGGGGCCCCCCAGGCCUCCGGGGCUCUGUGACGACAGGUUGGGCCUAUGUCCCACCAGCUGCUUUGGAGUGAGCAGCCCUCAGGGUGAAGGGCCAGCCUGGGAGGAGUUGGCUGCCCCUCGGGAUGUGUUCUUGGGCCCUGCCCGUUGCCCUACCCCAUAUACCUUCUCCUUCGAGAUGCUGGUGACUGGGCCAUGCCUGCUGGCAGGACUGGAGAGCCCCUCUCAUGCUCUUCGGGCAGAUGCCCCACCUCAUGCCAGCUCUGCAGCCACCAUCUGUGUCACACUGGCAGAGGGCCACCGCUGUGACCGGGCUUUGGAGAUCCUGCUGCACCCCAGUGAGCCCCACCAGCCCCACCUGAUGCUGGAGGCUGGUAGUCUGAGCUCAGCAGAGUACGAGGCCCGGGUGAGAGCCCGCCGGGAUUUCCAGAGGCUGCUGCGAAGGGACAGUGAUGGGGAUCGGCAGGUGUGCUUCCUGCAGCGACGCUUCCACAAGGACAUCCUGCUGAACCCUGUGCUGGUGCUGAGCUUCUGCCUGGACCUGAGCUCCAAGCCCGGACACCUGGGCACAGCUACACGGGAGCUCCUCUUCCUGCUAGAUGGCAGUAGUUGGGGCCUGCCUCACCCUGCCCUCCCUGGCCCUCCCCAGGAUGCCAUCGUUUUGGCUGUGAAGUCACUCCCACCCCAGACGCUCAUCAAUCUUGCCAUGUUUGGCAUCUCGGUGCAGCCCCUCUUCCCAGAGAGCCGGCCUUGCAGUGAUGAAGCUGUGCAGCUGAUCUGUGAGAGCGUUGAGACCCUACAGGCUGCAGAAGGCACUCCAGACGUGUGGGCCGCUCUGGACUGGGCCCUGGGGCAGCCCCAGCAAAGGGCCCAUCCUAGGCAGCUUUUCCUGCUCACUGCUGCCUCACCCAUGGCUGCUGUGACCCACCAGACCCUGGAGCUCAUGAGGUGGCACAGAGGGGCAGCCAGGUGCUUCUCCUUUGGGUUGGGGCGUGCCUGCCGCCAGCUGCUCCAGGGUCUGUCUGCUCUCAGCAGGGGCCAGGCCUACUUUCUGAGACCUGGGGAAAGGCUGCAGCCCAUGCUGGUGCAGGCCCUGAGGAAGGCAUUGGAGCCCGCGCUGAGCGACAUCUCUGUGGACUGGUUUGUUCCUGAUGCAGUGGAGGCACUGCUGACACCCCGGGAGAUUCCCGCGCUCUAUCCUGGGGACCAGCUUCUUGGUUACUGCUCACUCUUCAGGGUGGACGGCUUCCGGUCCCAACCCCUGGGGGGCCAAGAGCCUGGCUGGCAGAGCUUGGGCGGCUCGGUGUUCCCAUCCCCAGAGGAAGCACCAUCUGCCACCAGCCCUGGCACGGAGCCCACUGGCACCUCAGAGCCGCUGAGAACAGGCACUGUGUCAGCAGAGCUGUCCAGCCCGUGGGCUGCUGGGGACUCAGAGCGGAGUACUGAUGCUCUGACAGACCCAGUCACGGACCCCGGACCUAAUCCCUCUUCUGACACAGCCAUAUGGCACCGCAUCUUCCAGUCCUCGUACAUCCGGGAGCAGUAUGUGCUCACCCACUGCUCUGCCAGCCCAGAGCCGGGCCCAGGCUCCACAGGCAGCAGCGCGUCCCCUGUCUCCCAGGGCCCAGGCUCCCCUGAGGGCAACACUCCCCUGGAUCCCCCUUCUCAGCAGGGCUGCCGAAGCCUAGCCUGGGGAGAAUCUGCCAGCUCCCGCUCCUGUCCCCUGCCUCCAUCCCCACUGGCUCCAGUCAAGACUGGGGCUUUGAGUGCUGAGGUGCUGGGCCGUCGACGCAGAGCGGCUCUGGCCGGCCGAAGCCUCUCAUCCCCCCAAGGCCGGGUGAACCCAGUCCCUGGCCGCUCCCGGCACCCGUCUCUGGGUGUAGCACCUGAUGGGCCAGGCCCUGAGCCAGGGCAGCAGCUGGGACAGGGCCUGGAUGACUCAGGAAACCUGCUCUCCCCAGCCCCCAUGGACUGGGACAUGUUAAUGGAACCGCCCUUCUUGUUCACCGCCGUUCCCCUCAAUGGGGAGUUGGCUCCUCCAACAGUAGCACAGCCUCCCCAGGCUCCACGCUGCCAUGUGGUGAUCCGGGCCUUGUGUGGGGAGCAACCCAUGUGCUGGGAGGUGGGUGUUGGGUUGGAGACACUGUGGGGGCCUCAGGAUGAUGGCUCACUGCCUCCAUCACCCCCCGAAAGAGAUAAUGCUUGGGACCAAGCACUCCAUCGACUGACAGCAGCUUCUGUGGUUCGGGACAAUGAGCAGCUGGCUCUUCGAAGAGGGGGUGAGACCAGGGCUGACCGGGGUCAUGCCCGGAGGUCCUGGCUCCGAGCCCUUCAGACAAGUAAGGUCAGCUCUGCCCCUUCUUGUUUCACCUGCCCUGUAGCUGUGGACGCUACCACCAGGGAGGUCCUACCCUCAGCCCUGCAGGUGCGGAGCUCAGAGCCAGCUGAACCUGCAGGUACCCCUCCUGUCUCUCAAAGCCAUGUAGAUGCAGCUCCUUUGCCCACAGUUGUCCACUCUAAAGGUGGCUGGGACCCGGACCAGACUGGCAACUCCAGUUCUGCUUUGGGGGAUCACGCAGCCCCCAUAGGAGGGUCUCAUCACCCGCUCCCCCGGCCUCCCUCUCGGAUCAGCCUGGGCCGUUGGAAGUCCAGGGGCCCAGACAGCCAUAGACUCUGCAGCCCCAACACGGGCCCAGUCAAUGACAGCAACAGUGAAGGCAGCGGCCACGACUACUUGCCCUUGGUGCGCUUGCAGGAGGCGCCCGGCUCCUUCCGCCUGGACGCUCUGUUCUGUGCAGCGGUGCGCAUCUCACAGGAGCGCCUGUGCCGCGCCUCGCCUUUCGCCGUGCACCGGGCCAGCCUCAGCCCCACCUCGGCCUCCUCUCCCUGGGCACUUCUAGCCCCCAGUGUUGGCCAGGGUGGCAGCGCCACAGCCUCUUGCAGCCCGUCCCCCAGCUCGGGCUCCGAGGGUCCGGGCCAGGUGGACAGUGGGCGGGGAUCAGACACUGAGGCCUCGGAGGGGUCGGAAGGGCCUGGUGGUGCUGACCUGCGGGGCCGGACUUGGGCCACGGCUGUGGCGCUUGCGUGGUUGGAGCACCGCUGUGCGGGGGCCUUUGGUGAGUGGGAACUGGCAGCAGCGAAGGCUGACUGUUGGCUGCGGGCGCAGCACCUGCCCGAUGGCCUGGACCUGGCCAACCUCAAGGCUGCAGCCCGCGGUCUCUUCCUGCUGCUGCGUCACUGGGACCAGAACCUGCAGCUCCACCUGCUGUGCUACAGCCCCGCAAACAUGUGA